AUGUCUACUCCUGGUCGCAUCGUAGAGUGGACCGCGAGCGACGGACGAAAAGGCAGGCUCACAGGCACCGGCAAACCACGACUCACUGCAGCCAGCCUUGCGAAGGUACCUUCUGAACAGCGGCCGGCAAAGGAGCUAGCAGGCGCGAAAGGCACCCCGAAGAAACCAGCUUCGACCAAGCCCGCCGCCAAUGGGGACGACCCUUGGGCUGGUAAUGGGUGGGGUGACGCCAAUGCAAAGAGCGAAUCGAAGAAGUCGAGCUCGAAGAAGGCCUCAAGUAACAAAGGGGAUGCAUGGGUCGUACAGGAAUCGGGCAAUGACACAAGCGAUCCGCUCGCAGCCACCUGGGGCACUACCCCAGAUGCUACAGGUGGCGACGACAACAAAGAGAAGAAAGAUGACCCCGCAGAUGCUUGGAACACACCGACUGUCCCAGAGAACAACAUAGCCCCACAAGAUGAUAGCAAGAAGGACGACGAGUCCAAUGAAUGGACAAAAGAGCAAGACGAGAAGCUGAUGCAGAUGAAGGAUGAUACAAAGAUUACCUGGGCUAAGAUAGUCGAAGAAUUUGGUAAAGCUGAGCAUGAAUGCAAACGCCGCUUCAAGGAUAUCAAGCCGAAGGAUUGGAAACCAAGUGGGGCCAAACAGGGAGGUGAAAACAAGAAGGGGAAGAAGGGGAAGAAAGCAGAUCAGAACGAUGGAAACAACAAGGAUGAUAAGAAGAAAGAAGAGAAGAAGGAGGAGGAAACGGGGGAUGAUGGCGGUUUCUUUGGUCUCACGUUUGGAGAAGAUACUGGUAACAGCAAAGACGAGUCUGGUGACAAGAACGAUUCUGGGGACAAAGCACCCGAUACAUGGGGCGGUACCGGAGAUGCGAAAGCUUCAGCGCAGAAAGCCUCUUCAAACAAAGUGCCUCCGCGAGCGCCCCCUCAACCCAAAGCUAGCAACGGCAACAACAACAACAACAAUACCCGACCCAUCGCCGCUCGUCCUCUCGAACUCGAAGUAAAACCCGACGAUACUUUCUCCGCCGAUGACUUGCGUCUAGUCGCUCGCAUCUUACAACAAGAUUGCUCGAUGGUAUGGAGUAGGGUCAGCUGGCGAUUCAGAGACAAGACAGGCAGGACGCUCCAUCCUGAUGAGUUUGAGAAGAAGAUCACUGGGCGUCUUGAGGGUAAGGGCAGCGAGAAUGGUGAACGAAGGCGGUAG